AUGAUUCAAGCGUUACUCCUACUUGCUUCAGUUCUUGGAGCAUCUGUAUAUUAUUGGCAGCAUAAUAAAGAAUGGUCAUACGUUCAAACAUUAGAUGGAGUGGAUCGAGGAGAAAUUAUUCAACCAAAUUAUAAUGUCCAUCCGAUCCUCUACAAUGAAUGCGUUUGGCCAAUUCUAGAUCCGUAUGAGCCGGAUAUUCUUAAGUAUAUUAAGAAGAGAAAGCGCCGUCUUGCAUGCCGCCCAUCUCCAGAAGUAGAAGUGGAAUGGAUCGAUGCAAAGAUUCAAAUCACAUUCAAAUCCGAAAUGGCUAUGAGUUGCGUCGCGUCGGAUCUAAGCGGCUUCUCCGCUAACGAUGAUGUCUUUGUCUCGCCAGCGAUAAAACUAGAAGCAGAUUCGCCGUUGGAAAUACCGUACACAAAUUUCGCAGUGGAAUGUGAGCAGAAUGGGAAGAGAGUUUACAGGAAAUCUUUCUAUAACUAUAAGAAAGAUCAAGCAGAGAAGAAUAUCCAGGCGAUGGAGUCUACUCCAACAAGUCCAUCGCUUGCAGUCCUCUAUUUGAGAUCAAUGUCUCAUUCUCAACUCAGAAGAGAAUUCCCAAAAAUUGUGAAAUCUACGAAUAGAUUUGGAUUCUAUUCCUUCCCAAUGUUCAACAAAAUCUCUGAUAAUAUUACGGACUUGGUGAAUAGAACAUUCUGGCAUGACGAGGUGAAGCUGACCGUUGGACAGUACAUGAAAAAUGAAAGAUACUGUAAAAUAUUCAGUAACACGAAUCUAUCAGGAAUCCCGUCUGACUAUGAUCUUUCUAAUUUCGGACAAAGUUUGAAAUCUGAUUCUUGCUCUGAUGACGACAGUGUUGCUGAGAGACUCAUCGAACAAUGGGCCCAGUUCUCGAUUCAAAACACAGAUCACUGCUAUCUAUCUCACAUUUUCGUAAACAACACAAUCUGGUCGAAGUCGCUGGACGACACACUGAGUGCGGUUAUCGAGCAAUUCCAGUUGAAUGAAGUCUUCAAAAAGACGCUUGUUGUUGUGGUUUCAGCUGAGGGAAUUCCUGUCGGAACAUUUGGAAACAGUUACACUGGAAAAGUGGAAGAAAGAAACCCUAUUCUAUUGGCACAUAUCCCGGAUAAACUGAAGAAAAUGUAUAAUGACCACAUGUUCCAUUUGGAAAGCAAUCAGAAUAGAUUGAUCACUCAUUUGGAAGUUUUUGAUCUACUAACCAGCUUCUCGAGACUCUCCAAAGAUCAGGCAAUCGUUCCAGUACGUGAUGACUUCAUGGAAUGGAAGAGAGAUCAUGUCCGCGGAAUUUCCCCAUGGCAAACUCUGAUUCCACACAACAGGACUUGUUAUCAUGUUCCAAUUGCUGAUGAGUACUGUCUUUGUAUGGAGAACAAGAUUGAAAUCGAGAAGGAAUAUAAUCAAACAUAUGCGAUCGCCUCAAGAUUAUAUGAAAAAAUGGAGACAGAGAUAACAACAAACUACACCUGUAUACAAGAGACCACGUGGAUUGAAGAGAGAAAUUAUACCUCUGUGUACAAUUUAAACGAGAAGGUGUUGAAUGGAACAGACCCUUACACUGAGUUCUUGAUUUUUGGUGUCAGAGCGUACACGAAGAAGACUAACAGUAGAAAGAAUUUCUUUGUGAACGUACUGGGUCUCUUCAAACAUGAUGUGAAAGACGACUACAACUUUGACAAGAUGUAUCCAUAUGUGACGGAUACAUUGAAGAGUGGUUGUUUAGCUGGAUAUAUGGAGAGAUUCUGCGAAAUGUGUCAUGGUGCUCACUUCUUGACAUCGUAA